UUUCUUGGUGAGCAAGUGUUUACAAACGGUAUCACUAUACAGGAGUAUAGGUCUUAACCAAAAAUCUAGAAGUAGUGAUGGCUAAUUGAGACGUUUAACCUUGAAUAUUGCCUCAAUGUGCAUCGUGAAAAUUUACAAUUAUUCAGCACAAAAUCAAGCGAAUGAUGAAAAGCAGAGAGGACCCAGUCAGGGUUAAAGAAGAGCCGAAUGAGGAUGAUCCGGAAGCAGGCAGAAAUUAUAAUUUCAAUUUGUCGGACUCUUAUAAAGGCAAAAACGUUGAAACAUUCGUGUUUUAUGAAUCACCAACAAAUCAAAUGAAUGAGGUUAUGUUAUUACAAGGAAAAUUAGAAGAAAAAUUAUGUGUAGAAUUUGAGUGCAGAGAUGUUAAGCCUGAACUGUCAUUUAAAUCGACAACAAUCUGCAAAUCAGAAUACCAAAGUUCUCUGCCUAUUGUGAAAAUAGAAAACGAAAAUCAGGUUAAUUAUAUUAACGAAAAAAUAUUCAAUGAUUUUGAGUGCAGAGAUGUGAGACCUGAGCAGAAGUCUUGCGAGCAAUAUAAGGAUUUAGAAAUAUUAAAAAAAACAUCUCAAACCAAAUCAUCUAAUGAGUGUAAAAUGUGUCGAAAAAAAUAUAAACAAGAAGUAAGUCUUAAAAGACAUAUCAACGCGAAACACAAAAGCAUUAGACUACACCAAUGUGAAAUUUAUCAGAAAGCCUUCGAAUGUGAUAUUUGUCACAAAUCACUUAGCCACAAAAGAAACGUAAAAAGACAUAUAAAUGCAUUGCAUGAUCGUAGAAAAUCGUUCGAGUGCGAGAUUUGUCACAAAUCAUUUGCACAAAAACAACAUCUCAAAAGACACGUAAAUACAGUACAUGAACGUAGGAAACCUUUCGAAUGUGAAAUUUGUCACAAAUCAUUUGGCCGCAAAGGUCACCUCAAUAAACACAUAACAACAAUACAUGAUCGUAUUCAAUCUUUUGAAUGUGAGAUUUGUCAGAAAUCAUUUGGAGAAAGAGGAAAUCUAAAGAAACACAUCGAUGGAGUGCAUUAUCGUAGCAAACCCUUUGAAUGUGAGAUUUGCCAUAAAACAUUUAGAGAUCAGAGUUAUCUCAAAAAUCACAUAAGUACAUUACAUGAUCAUAAAAAACCCUUCGAAUGUGAGAUUUGUCACAAAUCAUUUGGAGAAAAAGGAACCUUAAAGAAACACAUCGAUGCAGUACAUAAUCGUAGCAAACCCUUUGAAUGUGAGAUUUGUCAAAAAUCAUUUGGAGAAAAAGGAACCUUAAAGAAACACAUCGAUGGAGUACAUAAUCGAAUUAAACCCUUUGAAUGUGAGAUUUGUCACAAGUUAUUUGUAAAUCAGAAUCAACUCAAAAAGCAUAUGAAUGCAACCCAUAAUCUUAUAAAAUCAUAGAAGCGCGAGAUUUCUCGGAAACGUGUACG